AUGGCCUGCCUGUGCAGGAAGCAAUGGUGCUGCGCGCAUCAGCACCUGGGCUGCCCAGGAUCUUGGCACCAUCACCACGUGGUGACCAUUACUGGCGUGCAACACCUCAAGCAUUAUGACUGCCACGCCGGCUUGUCCAACUGGUAUCACGGCUGGUCCCAUGUCAAGAAAUCCUGGUGCUGCGACCACCAUCAGCUGGGCUGCCCUGGCAUGGCGCAUGGCCAGUGGCACGCUCACACCGUGGUGCACACCAUCAUGGGCCACCAUGCCGGCCAUGGCGGAUAUGACUGCGAUGCAGGCUACUCCAAUUGGGAGCACGGCUGGUCGUACCACAAGAAGACGUAUUGCUGCGAGCACGAGCACAAGGGCUGCCAGCCGUACCACUGCCACCACCACGAGGACACGCUGCCUGCCUGGGCUGCUCGAGAUGCUAUGGGAGAUGUCUCGGCCGGUCGUCAGGAGGAGCACGACACGUGGUCGGAGGACAAGCGCUGGGAGCCCAAGAUUUGUGGGGUCAGGCGACUAUUGCUGCGGCCACUUCCAAAUCGCCUGCGCUUCAACCACGCUGUCGCCUCUUGGGUGUGA